AUGACGAAGUUUUUCCUUCUAAUCUUGAUCAUAUUGUAUUAUUUCAAACAAGGACAAACUCAAUAUUAUCCAUAUCAACAUUAUUCACGACAAGUGCCAAGUGAAAAAGUUUAUAUUAAUAAAACAACUAUAGAAGAUGAUGUUAAUGAUGAAGAUAAGAAUAUGUGUCAACUAUCAGUACGAUGUCCAACGUUACCUACACUUUCUCCCUAUGAUCGAGAUACACGCAAUCGUCGUUUUACAGUUGAUAGUUUCUUAGCAAUGCAUGGACCACCAGGACCAUCUGGUCCACCAGGUCCACGAGGUAAUCCUGGUUUACGAGGUGCUGUUGGACCACAAGGUGAAGUUGGCCGAUCAAAAGAAACAGUACCUAUUGUUGCAUUUAUAGCCUAUCUUCAAAAGAUGCUUUCCGUAGAAUCGAACCGAUCAGCAACAAUUGUCUUUGAAAAUGCAGAUGUUAAUUUAGGCAAUGGUUAUAAUCCAUCAACAGGUAUAUUUACUGCUACUCAUCAAGGUAUUUAUAAAUUUAGUAUGACAAUUAUGGCACAAAUGGAUUCAAUUGCUACUGUACGUAUUAUUCAUAAUCAUCAAAAUGUACUUAGUAUGAUACGAUGUGAUUGUCGACGACGUUUUUCUCAUGUUCGUGGUUCUGUUUAUGCUGAAUUAGAUGUUAAUGAUCAAGUUAUGGUUGAAGCACUUGGUGAUCUUAAUGACCCAGGUCAAUCAGCUCCUCGUAAUAACAUAUAUGGAUAUACAUAUACACAUUUUAGUGGUGCACUUUUAUUUUUAACAAAUACAUUAUCAGAUUCUUAG